AGAAUUGGAGUCACAUCAUGUGACAAGGGUCUUAAAGGGGAGAAAGAGAAAGCAUUCUGCACAGUGUUCUGGCUGCUGAAGACCGUCGUACUACUGCAAGUUGUGCUGAGCAUCUGAUAGUCUUCAACACAAAGAUAACAGUGCUGUUUUUCAGCGGCAGUUUAUCUGCAGUAUGUCAGAGGAGCGAGGAAAGGACUCUCCGUCUGAGAUGAGCGUCUCAGUGAAACAGAGGGAAGGAUCAUACUCUGAGGUUUCCAGCUCUGAGUGUGUAAAGAGUGAUCAGUUGAAAGGUGAUGGACCACUUUUCAAUGGGGAAACACCUAAAAAAAGUGAAAAAUUGGGCCUACAUGUGUCCUUCAGUGAGGAAACACCAUCACAAGCUAAAAGUGAAAGAUCAGGUUCACCUGUGUCCAGUUCUGUGUCUAUGAGGAGUGACCAUUCAAAAGGUGAUGGACCAAACUUCAGUGAGAAAACUCCAUCAUCAUCUGAAAGCGAAAAAUCAGGCUCUGAUGUGGUCAGCUCUGUGUCUGUGAAAACUGACCAUUCAAAAGGUGAUGGACCAAACUUCAGUAAGAGGAAAACAUCUACCAAAAGUGUAAGAUCAGGUUCACAUGUAUCCAGCUCUGUGUCUGUGAAGAGUGACCAAUUAAAAGGAGAUGGACCGAACUUCCGUAAGAAAACGGCAUGUAACAAAAGUGUAAGAUCAGGUUCACAUGUGUCCAGCUCUGUGUCUGUGAAGAGUGACCAUUCAAAGGGUGACGGACCAAACUUCAGUGGAAAAACACCAUGUAACAAGAGUGUAAGAUCUCACUCGCAUGUAUCCAGCUUUGUGUCUGUAAAGAGUGACCAUUCAAAGGGAGAUGGACCAAACUUCAAUCAGAAAACACCAUCACCUUCCAAAAGUGUAAGAUCAGGUUCACAUGUGUCCAGCUCUGUGUCUGUGAAGAGUGACCAUUCAAAGGGUGACGGACCAAACUUCAGUGGAAAAACACCAUGUAACAAGAGUGUAAGAUCUCACUCGCAUGUAUCCAGCUUUGUGUCUGUAAAGAGUGACCAUUCAAAGGGAGAUGGACCAAACUUCAAUCAGAAAACACCAUCACCUUCCAAAAGUAGCAAAGGACAGCAGUCAACAGUAAAUAUUGGUGGAGAAAUUACACGGUGGGAAGCUCUUAAAGCACAGAAGGGAUUGAAGAGUGAUGUGGAACUGGCAUCUUUUCUUCUCAACAGGUUUCAGUUUGAGAAAUCAGACUCAAACUACAAGAAUUACAGCAACCGCAAGAAUUUCAGAGAAAAUCUCUUCUGGAUUUUCAAGGAUCUUGAGAACAAAAUAAUUGUGUUUCUUAAAAAUGAGCUGGAAAAGUUUAAGAAAAUAUUAAAAAGAGAGAACACACAGUACUUUGUGCAGGACUUUAUAGAGGAGAUGCGUGAUAUCAAAGAAGCAGCUCUUGAUAUGACACUCUUCUUCCUGAGAGAUAUGAAGCAAGCUGAGGCUGCAGAUGCUCUACAAGAUGAGCUGGUCCUCAUUCAUCAACGACCACUAAAAUCAAACUUGAAAAAGAAGCACCAGUCUGUAUCUGAAGGAAUUGCUAAGAUUGGUGACUCCAAGCUUCUGAAUAAUAUCUACACAGAUCUCUACAUGACUCUGGGUGUUAGUAAACAAGUCAAUACCCAACAUGAAGUAGUACAAGUUCAGGCUGCUGAUAGGCGACAUCAGUCACAAGAGAUUCCAGUUGAAUGCAAAAAUUUGUUUGAAGCACCUGAACAAGACAAGGAGAUCAGAACUGUAAUAACAAAAGGAGUUGCUGGAAUUGGAAAGUCCAUCUCUGUGCAAAAGUUUAUUGUGGAUUGGGCUGACGGAAAUGAAAAUAGGGAUAUUACUUUCAUAUUUCCUCUUGCAUUUAGAGAGAUGAACUUAAAGGAGAAAGAAACACAAAGCUUGACAAGUCUUUUAGCUCAGUUUUUUCCAGAAAUAAAAGGACUGAACCUUGCAAGAAAUGAUAAAUUUAAAUUCCUGUUCAUCCUUGAUGGUUUGGAUGAAUGUCGUCUUCCUCUGAACUUUGAGGGUAAUGAGACUUGCCGUGAUGUAUUGUUACCAGUAUCUCUGGAUGUUCUCCUCACAAACCUCAUCAAGGGAAAUCUGCUUCCUUCUGCACUCAUCUGGAUCACCACCAGACCAGCAGCUGCCAUUAAAAUUCCUCCCGAAUGUGUUGACCGUGUGACAGAAGUACAAGGAUUCAAUGAUGCGCAAAAGAAGGAGGAGUACUUCAGAAAAAGAUUCACAGAUGCGGAUCUGGCAAAUGAAAUUAUUGACAAUGUUAAACAAUCAAAGAGUCUUUUUAUCAUGUGCUACAUCCCAGUCUUCUGCUGGAUUACAGCCACUGUUCUCCAAAACAUUUUAGAGGAGAAAAGAAAUAAUGAUGUGAAAAACGAUCAGGCUGUUAACGCCUCCAAAACACUGCAGGAAUCAAAUACUGAAGACACUCCCAAGACUCUGACACAAAUGUACACACACUUUCUCCGCUUUCAGAUCCUGCAGAGCCUUCGAAAAUAUGAUGGAAAAUAUGCACCAGAUGUUUCCUGGGAUAAAGACGCCAUGCUUUCACUGGGAAAAUUGGCAUUUCAUCAGUUGCAAAGAAACAAUCUGCUCUUUUAUGACACAGACCUGGAAUCCUGUGGUAUUGAUGCGUCUAAAGCAUCAGUGUAUUCAGGCAUGUGUACCCAGAUCUUUAAGGAGGAAAGAGGAAUCAUUCUUGGUACUACUUUCUGUUUUGUUCACUUGAGCAUUCAAGAGUUUAUUGCAGCCCUUUAUGCACAUCUGUUUCUAGACACCAACAAGGAAAGUGUGUUUUCUGAGUCUGCAGACCAGAAAAACAAAAAUGAAACCAUGAUUGAUUUGCUCAAGACUGCAGUGGACAAGGCUCUCGAGAGUGAAACUGGACACCUGGACCUUUUCCUUCGCUUUCUUCUUGGUCUGUCACUCCAGACCAAUCGUCCUCUCUUACGAGGUCUGUUGACAGAGCAAGAGAGCAAAAAUGAGAACUACGAGGAGAUAGUUCAGUACAUCAAGCAUAAAUUAGAAGAUAAUCUGUCUCCAGAGAGAUCCAUCAAUCUAUUCUACUGUCUGAAUGAACUGAAUGACCAAACUCUGGUCAAAGAAAUUCAGACUCAACUUAGAGAAGGAAGUCUUUCAUCUGCUGAUCUUUCUCCUGCUCAGUGGUCUGCUGUGGCCUUUGUUUUGUUGACAUCAGAGGAAGAGAUGGAGAAGUUUGAGCUUCAGGAAUUCAAGAAAUCAGACGAGUGUCUCUUUAGGCUUUUGGAAGUUGUGAAAAUCUCCAAAAGAGCUGUGUUAAAUGAUUGCAACUUAACAGACAAAAGCUGUUCAAGUCUUGCUAAAGCUCUUGAAUCGGAUAACAGUUUGGAAGAGCUGAAUAUGAACAAUAAUAAUCUGCAGGAUUCAGGAGUAAAGCUACUCUGCAGUGGACUGAAGAGUGUAAAGUGUAAAUUGGAGAUAGUGAGACUUUCAGACUGCAGUAUCACUGAAGAAGGUUAUAAAGCUCUGGCUUCAGCUCUGAGAUCAAACCCUUUACACCUGAUAGAGCUGGAUCUGACAGGAAAUGAUCCUGGACAAUCAGGAGUGAAGGAGCUCGAUGAUUUACUACAGGAUCCAAACUAUUCACUGAAGACACUGAGAUUUUUGGGUCCUGCUGCAGAUGAAGCUUGUCAAUAUGUGAAAAGAGUUGUGGGUAAAAACCCUUUACUCCUGGGAGAACUAAAUCUGAGAGGAAGUAAACUAGAAGACUCAAAUGUGAAGAAGCUUGCUGCUCUACUGGAGGAUAAACACUGUAAAUUCAGCAGACUGAUGCUGAAUAAUAACAGCAUUACUGAAGAAGGUUGUGCUGCUCUGACUUCAGCAUUUAAUUUAAAUCCUUCAAACCUGAUAGAGCUGGAUCUGAGUGGAAAUAUACUAGACAACUUUGGAGUAAUAAAGAUUUGUCCUAUGUUAACAAAUACACAAUGCAAAUUGGAGAAACUCAAACUCUCAGACUGCAGUAUCAGUGAAGAAGGUUAUAAAGCUCUGGCUUCAGCUCUGAGAUCAAACCCUUCACACCUGAUAGAGCUGGAUCUCACAGGAAAUGAUCCUGGACAAUCAGGAGUGAAGCAGCUCAUUGAUGUAUCACAAAAACCAGACUGUAAACUAAUACUGAAAUUUUUGAAAAGUGCUGCCGCAGAGCAAGCAUGUGAUUAUCUCACUGAAGUUCUGGGUAAAAGUCCAUUAUUACUGAAAGAACUGGAUCUGAAUGAAGAUAAAUUAAGAGACCUGGAUGGAGAGAAGCUGUCUGCUCUUUUGAUGGACUCUCAUAGCAAAGUGGAGAAAAUUAAGCUGAACAACUGUGAGCUGACAGAGAAAAGCUGUUCGGUUCUAGCUACUGUUCUCUCCUCCAAAACCAUCCUGAAAGAGAUGAACCUGAACAACAGUCGUCUGCUGGACUCAGGAGUCAAAGAGAUUUGUGAGGGACUGAAGAAUCCUGUGUGUGAACUGAAGAUACUCAGGCUCUGUAAGUGUGAGCUAACAGAGGAAAGCUGUUCAGCCCUUGCUUCAGUUCUCAGCUCAGACACUAGCAAUCUGAAAGAUCUUGACCUGAGCAAUAAUAAUCUACAGGAUUCAAGAGUGAAGCUGCUCUCUGAUGGACUAAAUGAAAACUGUAAACUAGAGAAACUCAAACUCUCAGACUGCAGUAUCACUGAAGAAGGUUAUACAGCUUUGGCUUCAGCUCUGAGAUCAAACCCUUCACACCUGAUAGAGCUGGAUCUCACAGGAAAUGAUCCUGGACAAUCAGGAGUGAAGGAGCUCGAUGAUUUACUACAGGAUCCAAACUGUCAACUAAUACUGAGGUUUUUGAGUUCUGAAGCAGAAGAAGCCUGUCAGUAUGUGAGAAGAGUUGUGAAUAAAAACCCAUUACUUGUGAGAGAACUGAAUCUGAGUGAACAUAAAUUGGACAGCACACAUAAAGUGAAGCAGCUCGCUGCUCUACUGGAGGAUAAACAUUGUAAGCUGAACAUUAUUCAACUGAAUAAUAACAAUAUUACUGAAGAAGGUUGUGCGGCUCUGACUUCAGCAUUUAAUUCAAAUCCUUCAAACCUGAAAGAGCUGGAUCUGAGUGGAAAUAGACUAGGAAAGUCAGGAAUACAGAAUAUUUGUUUGCUUUUGAAGAAUCCACAAUGCAAAUUGGAGAAACUGAAACUUUCACACUGCAGUAUCACUGGAGAAAGUUAUGAAACCUUGACUUCAGCUCUGAAAUCAAACCCUUCAGACCUGAUGGAACUGGAUCUCACAGGAAACUAUCCUGGAAAAACAGGAUUAAAGCGGCUUUUUAAUUUACUAGAAAGUGGAAAGCGUUAUUUAAUGAACAUCAGCUUUUUGACAAAUUCUGCUGCAGAGGAGUCGUAUCAGUAUCUUUCUAAAGUUCUGGAUACAAAUCCUUUACUACUCCAAGAACUGGAUCUAAGCACAAUUAAACUUGGAGACCUUGACUGGGAGAAACUCUCUGCGCUUUUGAUGGACACUUAUUGCAUAACAGAGAAAAUAAAGGUGAAUAAUUGUGAGCUGGCAGAGAAAAGCUGUUCAGGUCUAGCUACUGUUCUCUCCUCCAAAACCAUCCUGAAAGAGAUGAACCUGAACAACAGCCGUCUGAUGGUCUCAGGAGUCAAAGAGAUCUGUAAAGGACUGAAGAAAUCUAAGAUUGAAAUACUAAAACUCUCUAACUGCAGUAUCACAGAAGAAGGUUAUAAAGCUCUGGCUUCAGCUCUGAGAUCAAACCCUUCACACCUGACAGAGCUGGAUCUCACAGGAAAUGAUCCUGGACAAUCAGGAGUGGAGGAGCUCGUUAAAGUACUAAAGGAUCAAUCGUGGAAACUGAGGUUUUUGCAAAGUCCUGAAGCAGUUGAAGCCUGUCAGUAUGUGACGACAGUUCUACGUAUAAAAGACCCAUUACUCCUAAGAGAGCUGAAUCUGAGUAAACAUAAACUAGAACUAAAAAAUUUGAAGCAGCUUGCUACUCUAAUGCAGGAUAAACACUGUAAGAUCGAUAAACUUCAGCUGUGUGAUUGUGGUCUAACAGAGGAAAGCUGUUCAGCUCUCGCUACAGUCCUGAAAUCAAAAUCGAGUCUGAAAGAACUUGACAUGAGCAACAAUAAUCUGCAGGAUUCAGGAGUGAAGAAACUCAAGAAUGGACUAGAAAAUAAAAACUGCACAGUGGAAAAACUCAGGUUAAAUGAUUGUAAAUUAACAGACAAAAGCUGUUCAGCUCUGGCUACAGUUCUUGGAUCAGAUAAUAAUCUGAAAGAGCUGAGCAUGAAUAAUAAUAAUCUGCAGGAUUCAGGAGUGAUUCACCUCUGCACCAAACUGGAGAAUGUAAAGUGUAAAUUGGAGAUACUGAGACUUUCAGACUGCAGUAUCACUGAAGAAGGUUAUAAAGCUCUGGCUUCAGCUCUGAGAUCAAACCCUUCACACCUGAUAGAGCUGGAUCUCACAGGAAAUGAUCCUGGACAAUCAGGAGUGAAGGAGCUCAAUGAUUUACUACAGGAUACAAACUAUCGACUGAAGACAUUGAGGUUUUUGGGUCCUGAUGCAGAUGAAGCCUGUCAUUAUGUGACUAGAAUUGUGGAUAAAAACCCAUUACUCCUGAGAGAGCUGAAUCUGAGUAAACGUCAACCAGACUUAAAAAAGCUUGCUGCUUUACUGAGGAAUAAACACUGUCAACUUAACACACUCAAACUGAAUAAUAACAAUAUUACAGCAGAAGGUUGUGCUGCUCUGAUCUCAGCAUUGAAUUCAAACCCCUCAAACCUGAAAGAGCUGGAUCUGAGUGGAAAUAAACUAGGAAACUCUGGAAUUAGGAAUAUCUCUCCUCUGCUACAAAAUAUGCAAUGCAGACUGGAGAAAUUUAAAUUCAGAGGCUGUGAUAUGACGGAUGAAGGUUGUUCAGCUCUGGCUUCAGCUCUGAAAUCAAACCCAUCACACCUGAGAGAACUGGACCUGAGUGGAAAUAAAUUAGGAAAGUCUGGAGUCGAAAACCUGGGUGCUGUACUGAGCAAAUCACUGUUCAAGCUGGAAAUACUUAAUCUAUGUGGUUGCAAAAUUACAGAGGAAGAGUGUCUCAUCCUAACUUCAGCUCUGAAAUCAAACCCAUCACACCUGAGAGAACUGGACCUCAGUGGAAAUAAAAUAGAAAACACAGGAGUGAAUCACUUAUGUGACAUACUGACGGAUUCACAAUGUAAACUGGAGAGAUUGAGUCUAAAUGACUGUGGCAUUACAGAUGUUGCUUGUUUGGCUCAGUCUUUGGAUAAGAAGACAUCAUUAAGUUUUCUAAAAGAGCUUGAUCUCAGUCACAAUAAAAUAGGAAACUCAAAGAAGCAGCUCACUGAGGUGCUAAAAGAAUCAGGCUGUGAACUGAGGUGAAAAAACUAG